CCGCCGCGGCGAGGGCGGCCCUGGCUGGGCCUGUGGCCGAGCGGCGCCGCAGUGGGGAGAAACGUGGAUGGGAGUCGCUGAGAGGUAGUCGGCUACACGCUGCCUGGCGCGGCGGAUUGGUUUCCCCGGCCGAGGCGAACGAGUCAUCCCCUGCAAGCCCGGCUGCCUGGCAGGGCAGGGCGAAAAAGAGACAAACUAAACGUCAAAGAAUCCCCAGCAUCUGCGCCUGUCUGGUUUUAUUUUAUCUUCUGUGAUUAUUCUGAAGGGAAAAUAACAAAAAAAAAUUAGAGCGCUGUGUUUUUAGCAAUUCGUACCACGUAUGGAGUUGUUUCCCGCACACCCCUGACAAACAAAGGAAGAAGGGGAGGAGGCCCGCGUUUUGCAGAAGACAUGCGUUCCGUCAGGAAGAGAUGGACUGUGUGCACCAUAAGCCUGCUUCUCAUCUUCUAUAAGACGAAGGAAAUAGCGAGGACCGAGGAGCGCCAGGAGGCAGCUCUCGCCGGAGAUGGUGAACUGAGUUUGAGUAGAGCAAUGAUCAAUAACUCUGAUAAGGUAAUUCGAAAAGAUGGUUCCUCAAUCUUCCAGCACGCUGUAGAAAACUGGAAAAUCAAUUCUUCUUUGGUGAUGGAAAUAAGAAAAAAUAUUCUUCAGUUCUUGGAUGCUGAAAGAGAUGUCUCGGUGGUCAAAAGCAGCUUCAGGCCAGGAGAUGUAAUUCAUUAUGUACUGGACAGACGUCGCACUCUAAACAUUUCUCAAGAUUUGCACAGCCUUCUCCCUGAAGUUUCACCAAUGAAAAAUCGUCGAUUCAAAACCUGUGCAGUUGUUGGGAAUUCUGGCAUCCUUCUGAAGAGUGGUUGUGGUAAAGAGAUUGAUAGCCAUGACUUUGUAAUAAGGUGCAAUCUAGCUCCUGUGGUGGAGUUUGCUGCCGAUGUGGGAAUUAAAUCUGAUUUUAUUACCAUGAACCCAUCAGUUGUACAAAGAGCAUUUGGAAGCUUUCGGAAUGAGAGUGACAGAGAAAAAUUUGUGCGUAGACUAUCCAUGCUGAAUGACGGUGUCCUUUGGAUCCCAGCUUUCAUGGUCAAAGGUGGAGAGAAGCAUGUGGAGUGGGUAAAUGCAUUAAUCCUUAGGAAUAAAUUGAAAGUGCGAACCGCCUAUCCAUCACUGAGACUUAUUCAUGCUGUCAGAGGCUAUUGGCUGACAAACAAGGUCCACAUUAAACGACCAAGCACUGGUCUCCUCAUGUAUACACUUGCCACCAGAUUUUGUGAUGAAAUUCACCUGUAUGGAUUUUGGCCAUUCCCAAAGGAUUUACAUGGAAAACCAGUCAAGUAUCAUUAUUAUGAUGAUCUCAAGUAUCGGUACUUUUCUAAUGCCAGUCCUCAUAGGAUGCCAUUAGAGUUCAAAACUUUAUAUGUGUUACAUAAUAGAGGAGCACUUAAAUUAACAACAGGGAAAUGCAUACAGCAAUAAAGUGCACWUAAAGUACAAUAAAUACAGGAUACACACGUUAUCAUAAAAAUGUUGUGGUAUGGUAAUGGAACCACAGUGGGGACUUGUUUCAAUACCCAAUAAGCUGUUGGCAAAAGGUGUUUUAUCAGAAGUAUAUAACCAGUUAUUAUCUGUGAAGUGCUAUAUAACUACGCUAUCUUUACUUCAAUUGUUCAAGCAAAUGCCACUUUCAUGAAGAACAAAGCUUGAAUGUAUACUCAGUAGUGUUUACAGGAUUCAGUGACACUUUCAUCAUGAAUUAAAGAAGAAAAAGAGCCUGCUGAUUUGCAACUAUGGUCAGAGAGCCCACUCGAGAAAUACCCAGUGGAUGGAAUAUUUUCUGAAGCAAAUAAAUCAGGUUUUGGCAGAAAAGAUCAUGAUGGAUUUGAGUACAGAAAGUAAGUCUGUAAGAUCAAACAAAUCAGUAAAUGCCUUCCGUCAGAGAACUGUUUCUGAUCUUGUAUUAUAACCUCAAUUUUUGUGGUUGUUUUUCUUAUUGUGGUUAGGUGAGUUUUAAGUUUUGGAGCCCUUACAGGAUUUCAAGGAUGUUUUGAGUAGCUAAAAGUUUCUAUCUUAUGGAAUUGUCCUAAGAAAAACAGAUUCAUAAGAAUGGGAGGAUGGAGUGGAACAUCAAAUAUUUUAUCAAGUGUGUUUGUGGCUUAUCCUACUGUCACACAAUCCUUAACAUCCUGAUUGUUUUUCUAGCUACCAUUGUCAGGACCCAAUAUAUGAAACAAACUCAGAUAUUGUUUUGAUCUGACAUGAGAAGUUUUUCUCUCCUGUACAGAUUGGAAGAUGUACAAGAGGGUGCCCUUGUUUUUGGUGCCAAAGAUUACGCUUAUACACAUUUUUUCCUUAUCUUGGAGAAAUGGUGUGGAUUUAGUUCUAUGUUUCUAUGCUGCUUAAGAGAACAAAGUCUUUGUUAUUUAUAUUUUUUAAGCAUUGCAAAGCCUGACUUAAACACUGACUUUGCAUAUAGAAUUCUUCAGAAAAAUCUGCAGGAGUAAAGAAAUUAUUUCAUACAUUCAAAUAUAUAUAGAUAUGCACACACAGUUUUUCCCUGGUGGAAAGGAAAACACAGUCUAAAGAAACUCAGGUGACAGUGGCAUAUCUAAAGAAAGAAAAUAAAACCUAGCCAAUUCAAUGGAAAAAACUGCAGAUUGUACACUUCUUUUAAAACUUUAAUUUCUAGUGCAGUUAGAUGAUCUCUUUAUUUUUACUAUAACUCUUUUGUAUCAUCUGAUGUUCUGAUGUGUAACUGACUGAAAUAACACAGAGCUGCAUUAUCUCAUAGUUGUUUU